GGGGAGGUCAGGUGACCCGGCUGGCGUCCCAAAAUGGCGGCAGUAGUGGCGUCCGGAAGGCCGCGGCGGCGUCCGGACUACUGAGGGGGGCCCCGCGUGGCUGGUGGCGGGCCGGCCGAGCCCAGGGCCGGAGGACGGGCGGCCGCGGCCUCUGUGCUCCUCGCGGCUGGGGCUGGGCCGUGUGGCGGCGGCGCCGGGGGAUGCUCGUGUUGGACCCGGCCUCUCCCUCCUCAACUUAGGGCGGCGGCUGGCUGGGGCCCUGGCUCCCGGGCCAUGGCGCUAAGGGAACUCAAAGUGUGUCUGUUGGGGGAUACCGGUGUAGGUAAAUCGAGUAUUGUAUGGCGGUUUGUGGAAGACAGUUUUGAUCCAAACAUCAACCCAACAAUAGGGGCAUCUUUUAUGACCAAGACUGUCCAGUACCAAAAUGAGCUACAUAAAUUCCUAAUCUGGGAUACAGCUGGACAAGAACGAUUUCGUGCCUUAGCACCAAUGUACUAUCGAGGAUCAGCUGCAGCUAUAAUCGUCUAUGAUAUCACAAAAGAAGAGACAUUUUCAACAUUAAAGAAUUGGGUAAAAGAGCUUCGACAGCACGGUCCACCUAACAUUGUAGUCGCCAUUGCAGGAAAUAAGUGUGAUCUUAUUGAUGUGAGAGAAGUCAUGGAGAGAGAUGCUAAGGACUACGCCGACUCCAUUCAUGCAAUUUUUGUAGAGACCAGCGCAAAAAACGCGAUAAACAUAAAUGAACUCUUUAUAGAAAUUAGUCGAAGAAUCCCAUCCACUGACGCCAUCCCACCAUCUGGAGGUAAGGGCUUCAGACUCCGAAGACAGCCUGCAGAGCCCAAGCGCGGCUGCUGCUGACAGGGCGGGUCUCGGUCUCCGAGACCACAGUGAAGUAGGUGGUCCUGAAAGUUAACCGGAGGGCUGGGUCCCUGCCACCAGUUUCACCUCGCUGGUCUUGAGUCUUCUUCAUGCAAAAAGGAUUCAUGGAACUUGACCGGUUCUGUUCUCUCUUUGAAGACAACAGCAAUAUUUCAGUCUGUGGACUUGUGUUAUGUAAAGAAUUUCUGGUAUACAAAGGGACUACAUCAUUGGCUUUUGACCUUACUGAAAAGGAACGUAUAAUUGUUUGGAUGGUAGAAUUAAAUUGUUGAGUAGUUUUGUAAUCAAGAUGGUAUGUAACAUUGUAAAGAGAAAAUUAGCACUUUCGUGGUUACGGAGGGAAAAAAAGACCUUGUGGAGAUUGUAAUUUCCUUGGUUUCUGUUACCACAGUUAGAGGGGGUUCUAUCAUUUAAAUGUGGUAGGAUGUCAUAAGUAGAGAGAUGGCAAUUAUUUGAAGCUAAAAUGGGUUGUUUAUAGGAUUGACGGAAACAAUUUCAUCUCUGAAGCACUUUUCAUUGCAUAUAUUAGCCUAGGAUACCUACAGUGAAUUAACAGUGAUAACAGUAGAUGCCUAGCUCACCGUGGGCUCCCUCGGACCCCGUCGUGUAUGUGUCAUCAAGCACAUUAUUGGCACCUUUUUAAAUAAGCUCUUAGAAUAAGGAUGGUGGAGAAGCUGCCUGAAAUAAAUAGAAUUGCAUAUGUUCUAAGUUGACUAAUCCAUAGUUUUAAAAGGAGGAAGAAGAGAAAAAGUAAAGAAAGUGUAUAAAUGCUCUCAGUUAUUUAAUCCAAGUAUUUUAGUGGGAAAAACAAUUAUCUGUUGCUUAGUAUAUGUAAAGUUGUAGCCUGUAUUUAUGAGACCAUUACUUAAAGAUUAUAAAUUAUGUAAAUACAUUAAUAAAUUCUAAAGUUUCAUUCAACAUUCCAUUUAAUCUUGCACACGCCCACCCACUUUUAAGCCUGUCCACGGGAGAUUCCGAAACACGUCUGUCUUGUGCAAAGGCAUAGGGCUCUCAGCUUACGUCUUCUAACGAUUCCUCUGACUUCCCUUUCACUCACCCCUCUUUCCUCCAGAUCCCAUCUGGAAAUCAUAAUAAAGACAUAUGGCACUUUGACAAGCUUGACUAGUCCUUACUAGCCUUGGGGUAAAAGAUUAAGCUCCAGCUCAAGUCAUUUACCUGGUCCUGGUAAUAAGUUUCUUUUAGCUUUUACAGCAACUUCAGCCCAACUGUUUUAAGAGUUUUCCUUAUUCACAAUUUAACUUAUCUUUCUGUUCCUUUAUUGUCCCCUGCCUCUGUUAGUGGUUAACACUCUUUUCCCUCAGGGAGCCUAAUGAGGUUUUUAAUAUAAUCUAAAAAUAAAGCACUGAAGUGAAGUUGGUGAAAAUUUGUUCCUGGUCUAAUUUGGCACCCUUCCAACCUGGGCAUUGUAAGAGAAGGAAAUUUACAAGAUUAAAUAGGAAAUGAAACAGCUUGAAUUUCAAACUAAAUUGUGUUUUCAGAGCUAUCCUUAAACUGAACAGUCAAAACUUUUAAAAAUAAUUGUUAUUUCUUUGUACAGACCUCGCUCAAUAUGGAUAGAUUUUAUUGGGAAAAUUAUAACUCAGAUUAAGUAAAAAAUGAUUCCCUUUUCCCUGUUGUAUAUCUUAAGCAUUUGAAAUUGUUUUCUUCUCUUGUUGAAAUCAUAUAGAAAGAAUGUAGUUAAAAAAAAAAAAAAAAAGAAAAGAAUGUAGUUAGUGAAAAUCCUAACGUCGUUUUCUUUAAAAUGCUGUGGCCUGUGUCUCCCUAGGGUCAUGCUUCCUGCCCAUGGUUAAAUUAGCAUGCUUCUAGAGAAAACCUGUGAGUCCCAGGGCUGGGCUCUUUGCACCUAAAGGUGGUUUGACUGUUUUUUUUUUUUGUUUUUUUUUAUAUAUACAUCCAGAUGGAUCCAGGGCAUCUGGCCACAGCCCUGGUAUGUUCCUACAAUUCCCACUGCUGGGCCUCUAUCUCCAUGACAACAAAAUAAAAACAAAGGUUGCUCGACUCAUUACUGAAGAGACAGCGCAUGUGUGGCCCUUUCUGUCAUAUUUCACCAAAAGACAAUGCAAAUCUAUGACCCUAACGUUUUUUUUCCACCAAACCUGCCAGUGGAUAUUGGUGACGAUGUGACACCUCAGUGCAGAGGGAGGGGCAAGGUCAAAGCCUCAUCUUACUGGGAAAGCAUCUGAACACCUCUGCUCUUCUAUGUGUUUCACUGCAUUUAGCCCGGCACUGGUCUCUCUUCAGCCUCUUGCUGAUUUCAUGAUUUCUUAGACUCCCUCCCUUACAUAGGAGUUUUGUUACAGCCACAUGUUUUAUUAACAGAAUGAGUGACGUGGAGCUUGUGCUCAGGCAUUUCUGGUACCUCUUUCCUUCUCUCAUUUUCAUCAGUCUGACAAAGCACCACAGCACUGUUUCUCGUGUAGUAUCUUUUUAAUACGUAGGACUUAGCAACAACAACAGCAAAUUGCUGUCUCAGAUCCAUAAUCCAUACUCAGUGAAAACAGGGGGAAAAUGUUUUCAUUUAUUUUGUUUACUUCUAAAAUGCAAAGAUGAAUAUUCAAGUCAGAAGAAGUGCUUUAUUUUGAACACAUUUUGGACUUUUAACCUAGUAAUGUUGUAAUACACAUUUUACAUUUCCUUUAUUAUUUCUUACUGAGGAAAGGCUAGAUUUCAAAGGAAUUGAGACAUAUCCCAUCUAUAAAUAUAUGGUUCCCAAAUGACAUAGGGCCUUUUCUUUAAAUCUUUCAGAAAUGAAAAGAAGAGAAAAAUUAUUAAUUAGCUGUAAGUGUGGGUAUUGCUUCAGAGAAAUUGAAAUAAGCUCUUUGCAGGUGUCCAAUCCUAGGAACCAUUGGUCUCCAGAACACAAGUGUUUUUCUGAUUCUAUGAUAACUAAUUAACUAUCAUUUGGUGAUUAAAAGAACAUAAAGUAAGAGUAUGAUUAAGUGUUCUUCAUUUUAAACUCUCUGUAAGAAGUGAUUGGGGAGAAGUGCCUACUGCAGGCCCUUCUGGUCCCACAUGAAAUCUCCAUCACCUGCUUGUCAGCCACAGUCAGGAUAAGUUUUAGGCAUAGCAGCUGAAAAAUCUAGUCCUUUUAAAGUAACCUCAUUCCCUGUUAGCUGUUUAUGAUGUUUGAAGCAUCUGCCUCCCGCUGUGCACAUAUUUCCCAAAUGCCUUCCUGUCUGAAAGGACUGGGACUUUAUGUAUCAGAGGCUUGAUUGCCUUGUUUUAAGUGGGCUGGUGUCCUUCUUGAGGUUAUCCAUUCCCCUUAUUCUUAAAUAUUUACUUACAUAACUUUUUUUUUUUUGUAGUUUUUGGCCAGGGCUGGGUUUGAACCCGCCACCUCUGACAUAUGGGGCCAGCGCCCUACUCUGUUGAGCCACAGGUGCCACCCUAUUUUAGUAUAUAACUUGAAGUCUUACAUUUAGUUCUUUUCUGUUGAACUCUGAGAGGGAUAGUAAUGAAAAUAUCCUGUAGGUAACUACCCCAUUGCUUUCCUGGAGAUGUCAAACCAAAAUGGCUGUAUUUUUAUAGCAUUGUGUUAAACUGAGCAGGUUGGAUCCAGAUUGCACUGUGCUAAUUGGUAUGUCAGCCUCUCAGCUCAUAAAGGCAUUUGUUCAUGGCAGUAUGCAUUUUUUACAUCCUAACAUUGCAGUUGCUAAAGAGGUUAUAUAAUUCUUUUUAGCACUUUUUUGCUCAUUCUUUUAGAACAUACUGAGAGCGUGAUUCAUGGGCCCUUAGAGUAUAAGUUACAGGUGCAUAGUGUGGUAUUUAUAUAACAGGGGAGCCCCCUAAACAGCUAGAGGUCUCUGUAAGAACUUGUCAUGAGAGAACUUAUUCUUUCCAGAGAAAAGUUACUGAAAAUCUCUGAACAGAUCUGUACUAGGUCCCUGCUUUAGAACAUUCAGGAAAUAACAGCCCACAGACUGGGGCUGGCUCUCCUUUCCAACUCGCUGGGCCAUAAAGAUCCCUCCUAACUCUAUAAAGUUCAGUGACAGUGACAAGCUAGUGUGAACCUAUAAAAAUCUUCGUUGUUUAAAUUUGUUUUAAAGGGACAGUUUUUGUCUUUGAGAGCUGUUCUACCUCUUAACAGUUAAUAUUUUUAAUAAAAGAAAUGGAAUAUACUUACAGAAGCCAAGCUGUUAAUUAUAUAUCUGCCUUCCAUUAGUUAAUUUUUUUAAAAAAAUGUUUUAAGGUGUGUUUAGGAUAUUUGUUUUAAUUCCUGUGGUCCUAUGAUUAAAAAAAAAAAAAAAAAAUAGUCCAAGCAAAUUUAUCCGGAGUUAAGCAUUAUACUUCAUGGUUUUAGAAAGGGGAUUUGGGGGGUAGACGUUAGCCUAGGACUUAAAGGAACAACUUCUCCAAAUUUCUUUUGACAGUAGAGUUGCUUGUCUUGACUUCCAGUGAGAGAAAUCCUGGCAAUUUGAUUAUCCAAUUUGCAAGAAAUGUUAAUGGAAUUCUGGGGCUUUUGUCCUGUUUUAUGUGCAAAUGAAAGUCUAAAAAAUAUCAGAAGGGUAUUACAUUUUGCAGGAGCCUCCUUUUUUCAAUCUAAGAGAAUGAUAUUUGAGAGAUCUGUUGUGAUGAAGUCUAAUUAGAUAUAACGAGGGAAGUGACUCAACAGAACUAGUCACCUCCAACUUCCUCAGUGUGUCCUCCAGGGUUCUCUGAGCACGUGGGAAAUGGAUUUGCUUUCCAAAUCCAGAAGGACUUUUGAUAGCAUAGAUCAAGUUUAAUUUGGUGGUCUAUAAUCAGAAAUUAAUAUCUGUGUUAUUUUCUUUUAGAGUAUAAUCAAUUAUAGAUAUGCUCGAAUUUUUUGGCUACAAAACAAAAAGAUUCAGAAAUUUUAAAUUCAAACCUUUUACCUGUUCUAUUAUGUUGAACAUUUUAGAUAGUAAGAUUAGGAUGUAUCAGUAUUAGAUGGUGGAAUUAAAACCAUAGGGACUAAAAAAUU